GAGUCACCUCUGAGAUUUUACAUUGUGGGCUCUGAGCUUGGUUUUGCCGCAAUGAUGGUUUCUUUGUGCUCCUCUGAGAAGAACAGCUUCUGGGUCGGCUCUGUUUUGGAAGUUAUGGUGGUCAACACUGUUCUUGCUGCUCACAACUCUCUUGCUCUGUUGCUUCUGGCGGCUGGAUCCUUGAUGAAGGAUAUCAAUAAGUCACCAAAAUUGUCUGCAGUCACUGGAAGCUUUCCUUUUGAAGAGCUUUUCAAAUUGGAAAAACCUUGUCCAGAAAACAAAGAUGCCAGCGACACGGAGGAUGACGAGGAAGAUGAUGACGAUGAUGUGCCUGAGGAGGAAGAUGAUGCAGCGGAUGAGGACUUCUCAGGCGAAGAAGGGGAAGAGGCGGAUCCUGAGGAUGAUCCUGAAGCCAAUGGUGGUGGAGGAAGUGAUGACGAUGAUGAUGAGGAUGAGGAUGAGGAAGAUGGUGACGAUGAUGAUGAUGACGAAGAUGCAGAGGAGGAAGAAGAGGAAGACGAGGAGGAGGUUCCACAGCCUCCUGCUAAAAAGAGGAAGUGAGACUGUAUCCUAGUCUCUCUGUUUUAGGCCAGCAGUCAUGGAGUAGUGAUUCGAGAGUUUAGCGUGUCGGUUUGCUAGUGUAGGAAUUGUUAUCAUUGUUCCUGAUGAACCCUCUAUUGUCAAUUUGUCAUUGAUUAUCUACGGUACCUGCAGUGUACUCUUAUGAAAUUAGUAGACCACUUUGAUGUAGUGUUAUCAACAUUCUUCUGAUGUGUUCGAUGUUAUUAGUUAUUA